GCACCACUGAUGUAACUUUCAUUUCCUGCCUGGCGAGGGUCACACGCAUAGCAGCAGUUUGUGUAGAGUCCACUUUGCGGAGCCGAACCUUCACAAAGGCCACCGAAGUUCCUUUUAAUGAUGUUGCGAACGCUCUGUCGGACCGGCGGCGCCCUUCUGCGGCAAACCCAGCGGGCGACCCCGAGGUUAUGGGUCCUGCCGGCUCAGCAGCGAUGGGCGUCCAGCCUUCCCGUGAACACCGUGGUCCUGUUUGUACCCCAGCAAGAAGCCUGGGUGGUGGAAAGAAUGGGUCGCUUCCACCGGAUCUUGGAGCCGGGUUUAAACUUCCUCAUACCUAUACUGGACCGAAUUCGCUACGUGCAGAGUCUCAAAGAGAUAGUCAUCGAUGUCCCGGAGCAGUCUGCCGUAUCUCUAGAUAAUGUCACGCUACAGAUAGACGGAGUUCUUUACUUGAGGAUCCUCGACCCUUUCAAGGCCAGUUACGGCGUGGAGGAUCCAGAGUAUGCCGUCACGCAGUUGGCGCAGACCACCAUGCGGUCGGAGCUGGGCAAACUCACACUGGACAAAGUGUUCCGGGAAAGGGAGUGCCUCAAUUCCAACAUUGUCCAUUCCAUCAACCAAGCGUCGGACGAGUGGGGAAUCCGCUGCCUCCGUUACGAGAUAAAGGACAUCCACGUUCCACCUCGUGUCAAAGAGUCCAUGCAGAUGCAGGUGGAGGCCGAGCGGAAGAAGAGGGCCACGGUGCUGGAGUCUGAAGGGACGAGGGAGGCGGCCAUCAAUGUCGCAGAGGGUCGCAAACAAGCCCAGAUCCUGGCCUCGGAGGGCCAGAAAGCGGAGCAGAUCAACAAGGCGUCCGGUGAGGCCCAAGCCAUCCUGGCCAAAGCGGAGGCCAAAGCCAAGGCUAUCGGCAUGCUGUCGGAUGCUCUCACCGAGCAGAAUGGAGGAGCGGCAGCCUCGCUGAGCGUGGCCGAGCAGUACGUAUCCGCCUUCUCCAACCUCGCCAAAGAGUCCAACACCAUCCUGCUGCCGUCGAGCGCCGGGGACAUCAGCGGAAUGGUCACGCAGGCCAUGACCAUUUACGGCACGUUGGCCAAGUCGAGCCCGAAAGCGGCGGCGGUGCUGGAGGAGACGAGCGACGACUUUGGGGGCCGAUCGUCUCAGUAGCGGAGGACUCUGUGAAUGAAUCCACACAGUAGAAAGACACUGAAGCAGCAAUCUAUGGCUCCAAGACGUCGCUGUUUGUGUGUAAAGUCUCACAUACCUUCUACAGACAAGACACCAGGAGAACAAACUGCACAUCUUCAAACACUUCAGGGAUCUUUUGCCUUGGGAAAAACCACAUCUUUUGAAAGGGGAGUUUGUUAAUUGUCAUUGUUUUAUGCUCAGUUUUCAUCCAUAUACUUUACACACCGACGACACUGGCAAGCUGAAAAAAUGGAGAAAUUGAAUGCUAGAAAAAAUGAUUUAUUAUAACACAUUACUUGCGAGGGAAUUAUUUUGUGCACGCAAUCUGUCGAGAUAUUGUUGAGCAGACCCUGGUUGGAUUGGACCUAAAAUAUUAAGCUUUAAAGGAGCAAUGUGCAGGCUUCUUGUGCUAUCCAGUGAUGAAGCUGCAGAUUCCACCUUACUAAACACACACCCCCCCCCCAUAUCCUCCCCUAGAUUCUUCCUUUCCAAGCGUGACGGAGUAACUACGGUGGCCGGCAGGUAACGAAGCCCCCCGCAAAAGGCUCUUGUUAAAGCCACGGUGUGAUUUGGGCUACUGUAGGAAAAUGGCAGUGCAAGGUGGCCAACUCUGUUAACAUGAGCAGCUCACUAUGUCCAUAUAAAUGUACGAUUGUGUUGUAUGGUAUUUUUUCCUCUCUCAAUGUGUUUGCUGGCCCAGAUAACAGCUGUGGGUACAGCAGGGUAAUUACACGUUAAUAAACUGCUUGUUUACAGACAUCAGGGACAAUUCUUCUGUUUUAAGAAAUAUCCUUUUUUAAUAUUCAACCUUUCUAGAUAUCUUGCUGGUGUGCAAAGUCAGCCAUUAGGGAAACAUGUUCCAUUCCUCUUCACAUUUGUAUUAAACUCCUGUGUCUUAUCAUGAAUAAAUAUUUAUUAAAUAUGA